CAAGCGUUUAACCGAUUCAGUAUUUAGCAAGCGCCUUUAGAUUCAGACUGACCUUGGAAAAUGGAACCCCUCUUGAAGUCGAUAAUUUCGUCUGUACCAGGCUUGAGAACAUUCAUAUGGAGAACUGCUUACUACCCUAAAUUAGGCUUAAUGACCCAGGAUAUGUACUGUCCAAUCAAAAACAAAGUGAUACAGGAGGCAAUACGGCGCCUUCCCCCAGAUGUUGCUGCACAGAGAGCCUUGCGGCUGAACCGGGCAAUUAUCCUUGCUAUGAGUAACAAGACAUGUCCUCAAGAUGAGUGGAUGACACCAGAAAAGGAUGAGGCAUACAUGAAUGAUGCCAUUGCACAGGUAGAAGCAGAAUUCAGAUUGAAAGGAGAGUUCGCCGAAAAAUUAUAUGCCUUUGACCCAAUUAAAGCCAAGGUUACCGCUGGCAGUUUACGAGAAGCUUUAAACCCAGGACAAUAAUUAAGGAAGAUUGACAGUGUGAUUUGUUGUAAGAUUCUGAUGUUAAAAUUCUGAUGAAGUAUUGAAGAAGUGUACAUAAUAAAAAUGCAGAUUUUUAAUAGAAAAAUGACUUAAUGUAACUGGUGUUUAAAGGAUCUCAUGGAUUUAACAACUUUUUGAGCAUUUGUUAAAUAUUCUGUCUGUUUUAUUACUAAAUUGAUGGUUUUUGAAGUAGAGUGGUAUUUAUUUUUCCACAAAAUAUACAUUUACUAGAAAGAGGGAACAUGUAUUCAUUGCAUUCUGUAAGAAGAAAAGAGAAGAAAGUAUAAUAUAGGUGUUUAAAGUUUCUGUUCAGUAUUUAAUUUAUCAAUUCCUGUAAAGGUAUACCAUUGAUUGACCAGUGUUUUGUUGGAAUAAAUAAAACAAAUAAAUAAUUUUUA